GCUAUGCAUAUGGCAAAAUGGAAUGGGAUGGCAGCCAAGUCAUUCUUUACUUUACUUUUUCCUUUCUCUCAAUACCAUUCUUUACUUGACUUUGUCUAAAGGCUGCAGAUCGAUGAUGCCUUACAUGAAGGUGACGAUCCCGUGUAGGGACCCUCAUGCAGAUGGUGCAUUCUUUCCUGAAGAAACGUAUAGAUGCUACGCAGUCCAACAAACGAUCUAUCGCCCUCUACAAAUUACAAUGCAGAAGGGCCAAGGCUGGAUUGGAAUGAAAUGAAGGUCACUCUUCAGGCAAGUAUACUUGAAUUAUCAGCAUUCGGUGCUUCCUCCACCGAUUACGUACACACUUAAGGGAAGAUCACUGUACACCGUAAAGAAAAGCUCAUGGCCCAAAUAAAAACACGUCAGUUGGUCGUCAACCGGCAUGGGAAUAAUCCGUAAAGAUCGCACAUGAUUGGCGCUGAAAGUCUGUGUGCGAUGAGUGUCACUGUCAGCAACCAUAGGAAUAAUCCCUCACGAUUUGAAAUAGCAAAAGGCUUGUGCUUAACUUUGUGAUAAUUUGGAUACACUUAGGUUUGAUUCUAUGCGUGUUGGCUCCACACUUUAUUGACCCCCCACAUGCCACAUUUGCUGACGAUGAAACUACCCUUGGCAUGUGCAUGUCAAUUUAAAGCCGUAAAAGUAUGUAUUUUCAACGUUGAGUUGUUAACAUGGCUCAUGCAGAAAGAAUCGUGUGGAUCAGUUGUUGUCUUUUGCUCAAUAUUCAUUAGGGUUUUGUCUUCCCUCCUCCUAUUCCCGUCGUCUAGAAAUGGGCAAAUAGAUCCUGUGUGACGUCUUUCCUUGCUAUUGGAAAGAAAACGACGUUGUUCGAAGGAAUAGCCCCCAUGCGAUGCUCCUGACGAUGCAAAUAACUAGCAUGCGACACUUCUCUUAAGCAUCAGUAGACAGCUUAUCAACUCAAAUCACAUGGGCUGAGCGGGACCCGCAACUUAUCCACAUCAGCACAUGACACCUCCGAGCGCGGGACCUACCUCUUGUCCACCUCACCGCGAGACCCACAGCUUAUCCACCUCAUUGCAUGGGACCCACAGCUCUCAGCUAGUACAAAACAGAGCCGCCUAGCCCCUGCGCCGGAGCAAUCCCCGAUCGCUGCAUCCUCCUCUGCAUCCUCUCCUCCCCCCUUCUUCUCCGACGACGACGAACGGCAACACCGAUAGACGAUGUCGAGCUCCUCUUCCGCCUCCUAGCUCAAAUGGCCACGCUACGGUCCAGUGCCGUUGGGCAGCUGCCCUGAUUGCCCACGGACGGUGCCCCUGAAGAGGCUGGUCACCAUGAGCGACAAGAAUGGCAACGCCGGGCGUGAGUUUGUCAAAUGCGAGAGCAAAGCAGAGCCUGGGAAGGAUCUGGCGAAAUGCACGCAUUUUGAGUGGAUUGAUGAGUACAUCAGGAGGAUUGAGAUGGAGGGCGCAAUCCUGGGGUUCAAUUUGCCGUCGGCGGUGGAGCAAUUGGGAUCUGCUGCUACGGUGGGGAAAUCGGAAGGGGUUGCGGAAGAGAUGGCGGUGAAGGAGUUGAAGAAGAUCAACAAGCAGGUAGUGAAACUUGUCAAUUUGAAAAAGCAGGAUAGUUUGAUGGCCGGGCUAUUUUAUUUUUGUGUAAUUUCUCUUAGCUUUGUUUAUCUCUUGAUCAUUAGCCGUUAGACAAAGCAAUCCGUGUUCACUUAACAAUUUCCAUGCUUCGUAAUAGUAAUGAGAUGGAUCUUAUGCUUUGCAA